AUGAAAGGUAUGCGACGGAUACAAAAUCUAACGUUCGAAAAUGAACAAUUGAAGUCCCAUCGGUUUCAUUUUAAUAUUGACGAAGCAAAUGAAAUGGAUGAUGAAGUUACGACUGAUGUUGAAGUGAUACCAUUAAAUGAUAAUUCACAGCAACAGAACUUAACUCCAGAUCAAUUACAACACUUAUUCAGUCAAGCUAGUUGUGAAUUGAUUGCAGAAUUGGCAGAUGAGCAAGAGUUUUUUAAACGUGAAGCAACAAUUAAAACACCAAAAACAAGUAAAGUAAUACAAACUCCAUUUCCACCUCUUCUAUCAGACCGCAUAGAAGAUUUCGACAUUGAUAUUGAACAAUUGAAACAGUUAGCUAAACAAGAAGCAGGUCCACUAAUCAUUGAAAGAUAUUCUCCUAGUGAAACGCAAAUUGAUUAUGUAUUAUCAACUAUUACAUUGACAUUUAAUCAACCAAUGAUUGCUGUUUCAUCAUUAGAUGAUAAAAUGAAUACAGAAGAUCUAGGCAUAUCAUUAACACCAAAAAUAGAAGGUCGAUGGAGAUGGAUAGGAACAAAAACACUUCAAUUUGAAGCAAAACAUCGUUUACCAUAUUCAACAAAUUAUACAUUAAGAGUCGACAAAGAACAUUGUGUAUCAGCAAUUGGAGGAAAGUUAGAUGAUGAGUUUGUCUUUCAAUUCUCAACAACGGCACCAAAAGUUCUUCAAUUCUUACCACAUGGAAUAGUAUCAACAUUGAAACCUAAAUGUUUUCUUUUAUUUAAUCAAAAAAUUGAUAGGAAUGAAAUUUUAAAGCAUCUACGUGUAGGGCACAGUGAUGGACAUACGAUACAAAACGAAGACUUAGAACUAGUAAAUGAAACAAUAGCAAAAAGUGAAUUUGAAUCGUUUAUGAAUGCUAAUGAAGAAAAUUAUGAAAAAUAUAUUGCGUUUACAUUCAAACAUGAUUUAUUAAAAGCAACGCAAUAUACAAUUCAAGUAUCUGUAGCCUGUCCAUCAGCCGAAGGUCCAUUAAAGACAACAUCAGAGUGGUCAGCUAGCUUUCAUACUUAUGAACCUUUAAAAAUAAUUGAUUGCUUUCCAAAUAUAAAGAACACAUGGCAACCAUCUGCUGCUCCUGGUCAUAGUUGGACACUAACAUUCAAUAAUUCAUUAGAUCAUUCAACAAUUAAUAAAUCAUUAUUCAAAUUCGAACCAGAAGUCAAUGGUUUAGGUAUUGAACAUACACAACACAAUGAUCGACAAAUCACAUUCUAUAAUAAUUCUAAAUCAAAUACUGUUUAUACACUAUUUAUACAAUCAGCAUCAUUGAAAGAUAUUCAUGAUCAAACAUUCGAACAUGAUCAUUCUGAUAAACUAAUUCAAUUUCACGUACAUGAUACACCAUCAUUAGUUGGAAAUAUAUCGGGUGCAACAGGUAUGAUUACAAUGGAUCCUGGUGUAUUAGAUGAACCAUUCUAUCCAUUUAUGGUUUAUAAUUAUUCAGAAGUAACGCUUCGUAUUCAUCGAGUGAAACCAGAACAUUAUCAUCCAAAUUUACCAUGUUUUAAUUCACACUCUUACAUCUAUGAAGGACAAGAAUGGUAUAAUAAAUUACCUGGUGAAGAGUUGCUAAAUGAAGUUGUACAAACAAACUGUGAACGUGAUGAACCGAAAGAAAUAAGAGUUCCUUUGAGAGCAUAUUUAACGAAAAACUCUGGAGUAGGUCAAUUAAUUAUAUUAAUUGAACCAACAAAAAAAGCAUUGAGUGAAUGUCAAGACAACAAUUGGCAGUAUAGACAAAUUAUAUCAGUCUGGCUACAAUGUACACGAUUAGCAGUCGAUGUAUUUGUUUCUUCAGGCACGAGCAACACUUUGACUGCAUGGGUUACUGAAUUAAUGACUGGUGCGCCCAUCAAUCAAGCAACUGUUUCAAUAUCGAAUAAAAAAAAAGCAACAAAUCAACAAGGACUAUGUAUCAUUGAAAAGUACACGACAGAGAACGAUGAAAGAAAAGAAGUAGAAAACAGAGAAAAUAGAACAUUAGUCGUAGAAAAAGAUGAUGAUCUAUGUAUGUCAGUAAAUAUUGAUACUUAUGCAUCAGAUCUUAAUGCUCAUGUUUGGCAUGUAUUUAAUGAUCGCGGUUUAUAUAAACCAAAGGAAGAUUUACAUAUAAAAGGUUAUGUUCGAUUGCUGAAAGUAAAAGGCGAAGCAAAAUUACCAACUUAUGCUCGAGGUACAAUUGAUUAUACAAUUUAUGAUCCUCGUGGUCAACAACUUCAACAGUCAAAAGUGGAAUUGAAUAAUUAUGGUGCAUUUGAUAUAAAAUUUACAUUACCUGACAAUGUUAACUUAGGUGAUGGAUACGUAACGCUCAGUUUACCAGAUUCACAAACUAGCACAAUGCAUUCUUUUAAAGUUCAAGAGUUCAGAAAACCAGAAUAUGAAGUUUCAUCAAUGAUUCGACCAACUAUAGCACGUUAUUGUCAUCCAAUCGCUGAUGAAUAUGUCAUAGCUACUUGUCAAGGAAAAUUAUUUGCUGGUGGUUAUUUAAAUGAUGCAAAUGUUCAAUGGACAGUACAAGCUGAAACAACAACAUUUACACCACCUAAAAGAUCUGACUAUAUAUUUGGUAGAGCUCAACCGUUCUUUUGCUGGUUUGGUAAUAAUAAUCAAACUGAAAUUUCAUAUCCAGAAAAGUAUUUUCAAGGUCAAACAAACAAUAAAGGUAUACAUGAAAUAAAAAUUAGUUAUCACGGUAUUGAACAAGAGCCAAGAACAACAAUUGUUCAUGCAUUAGCAGCCGUUACUGAUUUAAAUAAUCAAACACAGGAAACAAAAACACAAUUUAUCAUACAUCCAUGUACAUAUUAUGUUGGAUUUCAAUUAUUAACAAAUUACGGCAAGAAACAUAAAUCUGUACAAACAAAAGUCAUUGUAACAGAUAUUGAUGGAAAUUUAAUUGAUAAUAUUUUGAUUGAAUGUAAAGUAACUGGAUAUGGUAAGGAAAGAAAAGAAGAUGAAAAUGGUUUAACAGUAUUUGAAGAAAUAAAAGAUGAGCAAACAUUAACAGUUGUUAGUUCAAAUAAGGAUGCAGUCAACAUUGAUUACAUACCAAAAUUAGGUAGAUACCACAUGUCAUACAGUGUCAAAGAUGAACAAGGACGAUUGGCUAUGAGUUUCUAUGAUAAUUUUUAUGUCUCUGGUGGUUACGAAAAAGAAAUAGAAACACAAAAGGUAGAUUAUAUUCCAACUGAUACAAUCACAAUUGUAGCAAAUGCAAAAAAUUAUCAACCAGAUGACACAUGUGAAUUACUAAUACUAGCACCGUUUAGUCCAGCGAAUGGUCUAGUUAUAUUUGACUGUGGUGGCCAGGUCUCACAACCGAUACAAUUUCAGAUAGAAACUGGAAAAAAUUCAGCAACUAUUGAAUUUAAAAUAUCAAAAGAUUGGAUACCAAAUUUCACAGUUCACGCUGAAUUAACAGGCUCAAUUCCAAGAGAAACUGAAGUGAUUAAUUCACCACAUCGACCAGCAAUCGCUACUGGUUCAGUAACAGUAGAAGUAUCAAGAGAUAGUUAUAAGUUGAAUGUUUUGAUUAAUACAAAAGAAACUAAUAAAACAUAUACACCAUCAUCAAUUAUUCAUAUAGAUGUCGACGUUACACAACAUGUAGAUAACUCGCCUAUGAGCAAAGCAGAAGUCUGCCUCAUUGUCGUUGAUGAAGCGGUUUUGUCAUUAACUGGUCACAAAUUAGAUAGUCCAUUAGAUAUAUUUUAUCCUAAUCAGCCAGCAAAUAUCACACAAUACCAUGAUAGAAAUCGUUGUUUGUUAUUCAAUAUGCAAGAUAUAGAAAAAUUUAAGAAAGAUAUGCAACAAAGACAAUCUUCAUUCGAGCUCUGCGAAUCGCUCAGUGCAAGAGCGAUGUAUGACUGUAUGCCUAUGGCCUGUUCAGCAGCUUUCGGACAUGGCGGUUUCGAUGAGUCUAAUGUUGAAAAAAAAAUAGCUGUUCGAUCGAAUUUCAAUCCACUAGCAUGUUGGAUACCAUCCUCUAUCACUAAUUCAUCAGGACGUGUUUCAUUUGAAAUUAAAUUACCUGAUAAUCUAACACGCUAUCGUGUAUGGGCGGUAGCAACGAAUGAUAAACAAUAUGGCUUAGGUGAAAUGUCAUUUACUGUACAAUUACCAAUUAUGAUUCGGCCUUCACCGCCAAGAUUUCUUAAUUAUGGUGAUACAGCUCAUAUCUCAGUUAUUUUACAAAAUCAAACUGAUCUAUCCUUCUUACUACAUGCUGGUUUAAGAGCAACUAAUGCUAAAUUAUUAACGUCACAAAUAAAUCAACAAGCAGUUGGUUAUGCAAUUGUACUGCAACCAAGUAAACGUGCUGCUCUUACAUUUCCAUUAUCAACAAUUCAUUCUGGUACAGCUCGAUUCCAGUUCAUAAUUAGUACUAUCAAGAAUGAAACAUGUACACAAUUCGGUGAUGCUAUUGAACUAAGUGUACCUGUAUUCACACCAGCAACAUCUGAAGCAUUUGCAACAUACGGUGAUAUAUGUGAAGAAGAAGUAGUUUUACAACCAGUAGAGACACCAAAAAAUGUUAUUCCACAAUUUGGUGAAUUAUCAAUAACAACAAGUUCAACAGCAUUAGCAUCAUUAACAGAUGCAAUUAUUUCACUCUAUACAUAUCCAUAUGAAUGUACAGAACAAUUAAGUUCAAGACUGUUAGGUAUACAAUCACUAUGGGAUGUUUUACAAGCAUUUCAUUGGAAAGAUUUACCUGAAGUAUCAGUAUUGAAAACUAAAUUAGAGUCAGAUCUGAAUACACUAAAAGGUCGUCAAUAUUCAAAUGGUGGAUUUGGUUAUUGGACAAAUCGAAAUGACUGUUAUGCUGAUCCAUAUAUGAGUGUACAUGUUGCACACUGUUUAGCCGUUCUCGUGAAUAAAAAGGUAUUUAAUGUUAACAAGAACAUGCUGAACAACUCACUAAAAUAUCUUGAAAAUAUUGAAUCUGAAAUUAAUCAAUUAUCAUACACUAAAUAUUGGUCUGACUUAACUCGAUUUAGUUUGAUAAGUUAUGCAUUAUAUGUGCGAGCAAAACAUCUUCAAAAUGUAGCUGACGAAGCUUCACAAUUAUUUCAGCGUAGUGGAUUUGAUAAACUUAGUUUAGAAGCAUUAGGAUGGCUAUUAAUAGCAUUAUCAACGGAUAGAAAUAAUAAUAAAGAUCAAAUAAUUGAAAUAAUAUACCAACAUCUCAAAGGUAAAGUAAGUGAAACAAGUGAAACAGUUAAUUUUAUUACAUCAUAUGGUGAUGAUGGUCAAUCAGUCAUGUUACAUUCAAAUCAACGAACAGAUGCUAUAUUAUUAGAAUCAUUAUUAUAUAUUGAUCCAAAUUCAACUCUCUGUACUAAAUUAUGUAAAGGUUUACAAGCACAUAAAGUGAAAGGUGCAUGGAAGUCUACACAGGAAAAUUGUUUUGUAUUAAUUGCAUUAGAUAAAUAUUUUCACAUAAAAGAAAAAGAUACACCAAAUUUUGUUGCUAAUAUUUGGUUUGAUAAUGAUUAUUGUGGUCAACAUCCAUAUAAAGGCCGAACGACAAAUACACAUACAGUAAAUAUUCCGAUGAAAGUAAUCUUAUCACCAUCAUCAUCCGACACAAAUAACAAUAAGAAUCUAAUUAUGCAGAAAGAUGGUAAUGGUCGAUUAUAUUAUCGUAUUGCAUUGAAUUAUGCUCCAUCAAAUUUACAAUUAAAUGCAGUUAACUAUGGUUUUAAAAUUGAACGCACAUACGUAGCUAUCAAUGAUUCAUCACAUGUUCAGAAACAAUCAGAUGGUACAUGGAAAUUCCUGUUAGGUGAAAAAAUCAAAGUCAUAUUAAUAAUGACAGCAACACAACGACGAUAUCAUAUAGCAUUAGUUGAUUAUUUACCAGCUGGUUGUGAACCAUUAAAUACAAAAUUAAAAGGUACAUUGACUGGCGAUACACAAUCAUCAGUAACAAGAUCAAACAGAAAUCUUCAUUAUUGUGGAUGUCGACCAUAUUCAACUAUUGGUUGGACUGAGCAUGAAAAUUUAAGAGAUGAACGUGCUGAAGCAUUUCGAUCAUUAUUAUGGCCUGGUGUAUAUGAAUGGAGUUAUAUAAUGCGUGCAACAUGUGCUGGAACAUUUAUCAUUCCGCCAGCUAAGGCUGAAGAAAUGUAUUCACCAGAAAACUUUGGUCGAUGUGGUACAGAAAAGGUUAUAAUUGAAUAA